AGUUCACAGUCUUCCACCCUCUUCUUCUCUCUCUUCUGCCAUUGCUCUCAUUUAUUACAGAAACUUUCCACUCAGUUUUUUUCUGGGUCCUUGGCUUCUCUUUAAAGCAUGUGGGAAGAAUUUUCAGAGGCCAGAGAGCUCUGCUCUGCUAGCUAGCUUCUCGUUGGAAGAUUGAAAAGUUUCUUCCCUUUCACCAGAAAAUUCAUUCUCUCUUGAUCAUUAGCAGCCAGAAUUGGAGAGGAGUUGCUUUGUGGGUGAGCAUGAUCAGAUUUCAGCUGCCUUUUCAUGGGUUUCUAACAUCUCUCAAUUUCUCAGCCCACAAAGUGUAGUCUCAAUGAUACGAGAAUGUUUCCUGCUCAGCUGUUUCCGGGGUGGUGACCCAGUGGCGAUAAUGGCGUUUCACAUCCACAACCAGACCGCACCAGAUUUGAAAUAUUCGUUUUGGGAAUGAACAUGAUGGCACCUCUGUUUUCAUCGAUGGCGAAGACCCCACUUCGCUCUCUCCGGUUCCCAACGCUCCUAUUCUUACUCUUCUUUUCCUCAAACUUUUUCCCGCCUUGUGAGCCCCUAACGGUCGAAACCGACGCCCUCCUUCGAUUCAGAGACCAGCUCAAGGACCCCCACAAUUUCAUGCAGUCUUGGAAAGCUUCAGACUCCCCCUGCGAAUUCUCCGGGAUUAAGUGCCACCCGGUAUCCGGUAGAGUCACUGAAAUCUCGCUCGACAGCAAGUCUCUUUCGGGUGUGGUCUCGCCGGCUAUUUCUGUCCUUGAGAGCCUGACUGUGCUGUCAUUGCCGUCGAAUAACAUCUCUGGCAAGCUUCCGGAGGAGCUGAGCAACUGUAGCAAUCUUAGAGUGUUGAAUCUCACUGGAAAUGACGUUGUUGGACGCAUUCCUGAUCUUUCCCGGCUGAGGAACUUGGAGAUUCUUGAUCUUUCCUUCAACUACUUUUCGGGCUCAUUCCCGAGUUGGGUUGGAAGUUUAACCGGACUGGUUCAGCUGGGGCUAGGCCAGAAUGAUUUUGAUGAGGGUGAGAUUCCUAAGAGUAUUGGGAAUUUGAAGAACUUGACUUGGUUGUAUCUGGGUGGUGCUAAUUUGAAAGGAGAGAUUCCGGAGUCGGUUUUCGAGCUCCAGGCAUUGGAGACACUGGAUAUUUCGAACAACAUCAUCUCCGGGAACUUCCCCAAGUCGAUUGGAAAACUGAAGAAUCUUAACAAGAUUGAGCUCUUCAAUAACAAUUUGACUGGGGAAAUCCCACACGAGCUUGCGAACCUGACAUUUCUAAGGGAAAUUGAUGUUUCUGCCAACAGGAUGUAUGGGAAGUUGCCUGAAGAAAUCGGGAAUCUUAAGAACUUGGUGGUUUUUCAGCUUUAUAAGAACAACUUUUCUGGAGAACUCCCCAUGGGGUUCGGAGAUAUGAAGCAUCUUUUGGGGUUCUCAAUCUAUCGUAACAGCUUUACUGGGGAGUUUCCGGCGAAUUUCGGCCGGUUCUCACCAUUGAACAGCAUCGACAUAUCCGAGAAUCAGUUUUCAGGUGGUUUCCCCAAGUUCUUGUGUGAAAACAGAAAUCUAAGGUUCUUGCUUGCUUUGGAAAAUAAGUUUUCUGGGGAGUUGCCAGAAUCUUAUGCUGAGUGUAAGUCUCUAGAGAGGUUCAGACUCAAUAUGAAUCACUUGUCUGGGAAAAUUCCUGAUGGAGUUUGGGCACUUCCAUAUGUACAAAGGAUGGAUUUUGGUGAUAAUGACUUCAGUGGAGGAAUAUCCCCUGAAAUUGGGCUUUCUGCUAGCUUGAACCAGUUGGUUUUGCUGAACAAUAAGUUCUCAGGCGAGCUUCCUUCAGAACUUGGCAAGCUGAAGAACUUAGAGAGGCUUCAUUUGAGUAAUAAUAACUUCACUGGUAAAUUACCUUCUGAAUUUGGUGCUCUAGAGCAAUUAUCAUCUUUGCACUUGGAAAAUAAUUCUUUGACAGGAUCAAUACCACCAGAACUGGGUAAUUGUGCUAGGCUGGUGGACUUGAAUCUUGCCUUUAAUUCUUUGACUGGUAAUAUACCACAAACAUUUUCUUUGAUGACCUCAUUGAACUCUCUGAAUCUUUCGGGAAAUAAACUUACGGGUUUGAUUCCAGAAAGUUUAGAGAAACUGAGGUUAAGCUCCAUUGAUUUGUCUGAAAACCAGCUGUCGGGAAGAGUUCCAUCUGAUCUUUUUACAAUGGGUGGAGAUAAAGCAUUUCUUGGAAACAAGGAACUCUGUGUAAACCAAAAUCCUGAAAUGCGUACGAAUUCUAUGAUAAAUAUUUGUACUGCAAAUCAUGCUCACAGAGGGAUCUUUGCUGGUAAACUCUUUCUGUUUUGUAUUUUAGCAUCUGCCUUGAUUGUUGUAUUAGCUGGGUUACUGGUUGUGAGUUAUAAGAACUUCAAGUAUAGUGAGGGUGACAUAGAAAAUGGUUUGGAAGGGGAGAAGGAAGUACAUCCAAAAUGGAAACUUGAAUCUUUCGACCAACUAGAUAUCAAUGCUGAUGAAAUAUGUAAUCUGGAAGAAGAGAAUUUGAUUGGAAGUGGUGGUACAGGAAAAGUUUAUCGAUUGGAUUUGAAGAAAAAUGGCAGUACAGUGGCCGUAAAACAACUCUGGAAAGGAUAUGGUCUGAAGAUCUUGGAAGCAGAAAUGGAGAUUCUAGGAAAAAUAAGGCAUAGGAAUAUACUGAAACUUUAUGCAUCUUUACUAAAGGGAGGGUCAAGUUUUUUGGUGUUUGAGUACAUGGAAAAUGGUAAUCUGUUUCAAGCUCUUCACAGACAGAUCAAAGGUGGGGUGCCACAACUGGAUUGGUACCAGAGGUAUAGAAUUGCUUUGGGAGCCGCAAAGGGAAUUGCUUAUCUGCACCAUGAUUGUUCACCACCUAUUAUUCAUAGGGAUAUAAAAUCAAGCAAUAUUUUACUCGAUAAGGAUUUUGAGCCAAAAAUUGCUGACUUUGGGGUUGCAAAGGUUGCUGAGAAGUCUCAAAAAGGGUCUGAUCAUAGCUGUCUUGCUGGCACUCACGGUUAUUUAGCUCCUGAGCUGGCAUAUACUCUUAAAAUCACUGAAAAGAGUGAUGUGUAUAGUUUUGGUGUGGUGCUGCUAGAAUUAGUUACCGGUCGGAGACCCGUCGAAGAGGCAUACGGAGAAGGAAAAGAUAUUGUUUAUUGGGUUUUAAAUCAUCUCAACGACCGUGAAAGUGUCCUCGGGGUUCUUGAUGACAAAGUGGCGGUUGAUUCGGUCGAAGAUGACAUGAUUAGGGUCUUGAAGGUUGCUAUCCUUUGUACAAGCAAGCUUCCAUCUGUACGCCCUACUAUGAGGGAGGUUGUCAAAAUGCUUACUGAUGCUGAUCCUUGCACUUUCAGGUCUCCAGACAAUGAUUCUGAAAAAAAUGGCAAGGUUUUUUUCUAGUCAUCUUUUCUUUUAGUAAUGACCAAACUUUCAAGCUUCAAAACUUGAAGCAAAAGUUAGUAUUUCCCUACAUGUGGCCAACAUUUGGUGGGCACAUUGCACUUUUUAUGAUUAUGAUCAGAACUUCAAGUGCAAGUAUUAGAAGGAAUAGUGUUAUAUCCUAUAUGAGAAUGGUGUUGUAGAAGUAUAUUGUGUAAUCUGAUUGGGAGCUUAUUGCCGUUUUGUGGUAUAUAAACAUAUUCUAGUUCAGGAAUAAUUUUGGCUAUGAAUGGCACAAUCAAAACUGUUUAAUUUUGA